AUGGCCUUCACUGCGGUGGCCGCGCGGUGCGCGCGGACUCGCGCUCCGUUCCGCGCUCUUCGUCGCGCUCGUCCCGUGCCCGGGUCAAUGGCGGUGGUGGGCUCACCGACUGAGACCUAUGAGGAGUUGGUGCAGACCUCUGUCAAGCUGCGGGAUGAAAGUUGGCAAAAGACCUUCUUUGCAUCCUUCAUGGGCGGCUCAUAUGUGGGGAUGGCCUGCCUGCUCUCCUUCGUGAUCGGUGGAAACAUCUUCCACAACUAUCUCACACGGAUGGCGGUCUUCGCUACGCUCUUCCCAGUGAAUCUACUUCUGAUCCUGCAGAGUGGUGGACAGCUCUUCACAGGGAACUCGGCCACAAUGGCCAUGGGCGUGUUGGAGAAGAAGGUGAGGGUUAAGGAACUCAUUCGCAACUGGGCCAUUGCCUAUGCUGGAAAUAUUUUGGGCUGUUUGACCAUCAGCGUUUUGGCCAACUACUGCGGCUUGAUCACUGGAGGCCUGGGGCCCAGUUUUUCAGCCUCUUUGGCUCUCAAGUUGCGUUUUUUCGGGUCAGGUGGGGUUCCCUGGCAGGGGGUGAUGUGCAACUGGUUGGUGUGCAUCUCCCUGUGGCUGUGCACCAUGGCUCGGGGUUUGGGUGGCAAGAUGCUGGGCGCUUGGUUCCCGGUCUCGAUGUUUGUCGCCAUUGGCUUUGAGCACUCCGUGACCAGCAUGUUCAUCCUCCCCGCAGGUCUCCUUUUAGGCACGCCCUUCUCAUGGAUGCAGCUGCUGAGCAAGAAUCUCAUUCCGGUGACCUUGGGCAACGCAGCUGCCGGCGUCUUCGUGGUCGCGGCCAGCAUGUCCUUCGCCUUCGGCCGCUUGGGGCGAUUUGGGUCGAAGAGAAAGUCCACUUGGGCCAGGACACCAUGGGGGGAGGUCGUUGUGGCCUAA